AUGUCGGCGCUGCGGCGCAAGCUGGGGGACGAGUACCAGGUGGUGAGCACCUCGGCCAGCGGCGGGGGGCUGCCGCCGCCCCGGGCGGCCCCGCGGGGGAAGCGGCAGCGCUUCGUGGACAAGAACGGGCGGUGCAACGUGCAGCACGGCAACCUGGGCGGCGAGACCAGCCGGUACCUGUCGGACCUCUUCACCACGCUGGUGGACCUCAAGUGGCGCUGGAACCUCUUCAUCUUCAUCCUCACCUACACUGUGGCCUGGCUCUUCAUGGCCUCCAUGUGGUGGGUGAUCGCCUACAUGCGGGGCGACCUCAACAAGGCGCACGACGACAGCUACACGCCCUGCGUGGCCAACGUCUACAACUUCCCCUCCGCCUUCCUCUUCUUCAUUGAGACCGAGGCCACCAUCGGCUACGGCUACCGCUACAUCACGGACAAGUGCCCCGAGGGCAUCAUCCUCUUCCUCUUCCAGUCCAUCCUGGGCUCCAUCGUGGACGCCUUCCUCAUCGGCUGCAUGUUCAUCAAGAUGUCCCAGCCCAAGAAGAGGGCCGAGACCCUGAUGUUCAGCGAGCACGCGGCCAUCUCCAUGCGGGACGGCAAGCUCACCCUCAUGUUCCGGGUGGGCAACCUCCGCAACAGCCACAUGGUGUCCGCACAGAUCCGCUGCAAGCUGCUCAAAUCCCGCCAGACCCCGGAGGGCGAGUUCCUGCCGCUCGACCAGCUGGAGCUGGACGUGGGCUUCAGCACGGGGGCCGACCAGCUCUUCCUCGUCUCGCCGCUCACCAUCUGCCACGUGAUAGAUGCCAAGAGCCCCUUCUACGACCUCUCGCAGCGGAGCAUGCAGACGGAGCAGUUUGAGAUCGUCGUCAUCCUGGAGGGCAUCGUGGAGACGACGGGGAUGACGUGCCAAGCCAGGACGUCCUACACCGAGGACGAGGUGCUCUGGGGUCAUCGCUUCUUCCCGGUCAUUUCCUUGGAAGAAGGGUUCUUCAAGGUCGAUUACUCCCAGUUCCACGCGACAUUCGAAGUCCCCACCCCACCAUACAGCGUGAAGGAGCAGGAGGAGAUGCUGCUCAUGUCCUCACCCUUGAUAGCGCCCGCUGUCAGCAACAGCAAAGAAAGGAACAACUCAGUGGAGUGCCUGGAUGGUCUCGACGAAGUUGGCACAAAACUACCUUCAAAACUGCAGAAAAUAACUGGAAGGGAAGACUUCCCCAAAAAACUCCUCAGGAUGAGCUCCACCACCUCCGAGAAGGCCUACAGCAUGGGGGAUUUACCCAUGAAACUGCAGCGGAUCAGCUCGGUCCCUGGGAAUUCGGAAGAGAAACUGGUGUCCAAAACCACAAAGAUGAUGUCGGAUCCCAUGAGCCAGUCUGUGGCCGAUUUGCCACCCAAGCUCCAGAAACUGUCAGGCGGCGGCCGGAUGGAAGGGAACCUUCCUCCCAAACUGAGAAAAAUGAAUUCCGACCGCUUCACAUAG